GUCUCUUCGUGUAUAAAUAAAAAAAACCCACCGAAAUCUGUGUUUGCAAAACAGGAAAUGCUUGGUCAGCAAUAGUCACCCAGUUCCCAGCUUGGCCAGCAAUAAAUCCUCGUCACCACGCUGGUGUAGUGAUUCGCGUCUUCGCGUUCUUCCCUCGGAACCACACGUUGCACAAAGAUGGAUGAGGUGGCGAUGCUGUUCGCGCUCGUCGUCGUGAUGCUGGUCGGAUCGUAUCUGGCGGGGAACAUCCCUCUGAUCAUGUCCCUUUCGGAGGAGAAGCUCAAAAAUGUGUCAAUCUUUGGUGCGGGGCUACUCGUUGGAACCGCCCUGACGGUCAUUAUUCCGGAGGGAAUCCGGUCAUUGUACGAUGAACGAUCGCUAGAAGCGGCAGUGGCAGCUUCCAAGGGCCAAGGAACAUCUUCCGGAGUGGUUGCGGUGCCUGGCGAACACCAGCAUAACGAUGAACACUCGUCCACGAUCGGGCUGUCGCUGGUGCUGGGAUUCGUGUUCAUGAUGCUCGUCGACCAGGUGUCGUCCCGCCGCACGGAAGGUUCGAAUGAGCGUAAUCUCACUGCCACCAUUGGGCUAGUGGUGCACGCGGCCGCUGAUGGAGUGGCCCUGGGAGCUGCAGCUACGACGAGCCACUCGGACGUAGAGAUGAUUGUGUUUCUGGCAAUCAUGCUUCACAAAGCACCGGCCGCAUUCGGGUUGGUAAGCUUUCUGCUGCACGAAGGCGUCGAGCGGUCACGAAUUCGGAAACACCUGCUGAUCUUUGCCCUGGCCGCACCCGCCUUAACCCUGCUGACGUACUUCGGGAUCGGUAGUGAGCAGAAGGAAACUCUCGAGUCGCUGAAUGCGACUGGAAUUGCGAUGCUGUUUUCGGCGGGCACCUUCCUGUACGUGGCCACGGUUCAUGUGUUACCCGAAUUAACGCAACGCAGUAGUCACGGGCAUGGCCAUGGACACGGCCACCAUGGGAACUACAGUCUGCUGGAGCAGCAACCCCCUUCGGCAGCCGUUAGCGGGAAACCAACCGCCGGAAGCGGGGGGCCGGGAGGAUUGCGCAACGGCGAAUUGGCGCUGCUCAUCCUUGGCGCUCUGGCGCCGCUCUUCUUAACCCUCGGUCAUCACCAUUAACGCGCAAAAAUGGUGCCAAAAUGACUGCUCUCCGAUGUGAUUCCAAACUGUGUGUAUGUAUUUUGGCCGAUAUCCUUUCGGCGUUUGUAACGUUCAGUUAAUUUUGUUAAGAAAACGAACCGGGUACAUUAUACACUGACGAACUAACUGAAAUUACCCAGAGCAAUAACGUGAAGCGACGAAUGGGUAUUCUUGAAUCGUUUUUUAGGGUACGUUCUCUUGACGCUACGUGUAUCAUUUUAUCAUUUCCUCGAAGACUGUGCUUAAGUUCGGUUGGCAAUACGAUUCAAUAAACUAUUGUAAGAGCAUGAGCGAUUUAAUUUGCUCGAAGAGUAA